CCUGUCAGCGCGGGAGGGAGGGGCCGGGGCGGGCUCCGGCGGGGAGCACGGCCGGGGCGCGGGCCCCCGGAGCGAGCGGCCGGGAUGCGGUGCGGGAAGAUGGCGGCGCCGCCGCCGCCGCCACCAGCCGGGGCGCCAGGCGCUUGGGGGGGCGUGCGGCGGCGCUGCCAGCGGCUGCUCUACUGGGUGCCGGUGCUCUUCAUCUCCAGCAUCCUCUGCUGGUCCUACUACGCCUAUGUCACCCAGCUCUGCCUGCUGACAAUGAAAAAUAUUGGAGAAAAAGUUGUGUGCCUGGUUGCGUACCACAUAUUUUUCGUGCUGUUCGUCUGGUCAUAUUGGAAAACAAUCUUUACGCUACCAAUGAACCCUUCAAAAGAAUUUCAUCUGUCAUAUUCAGACAAGGAAUCCCUAGAGAGGGAGCCUAGAGGUGAAUCCCAGCAAGAAGUCUUAAGACGAGCAGCCAAGGAUCUUCCUAUCUACACACGGACAAUGUCUGGAGCAAUCAGAUACUGUGACAGAUGCCACCUUGUAAAACCAGAUCGUUGCCAUCACUGCUCUGUAUGCGACAAAUGCAUUUUGAAAAUGGAUCAUCAUUGCCCAUGGGUGAACAACUGUGUAGGAUUCUCCAAUUACAAAUUUUUUCUUCUCUUCUUGGCUUACUCUCUACUGUAUUGCCUUUUCAUUGCUGCAACGGAUUUACAGUAUUUUAUCAAGUUUUGGACGAAUGGCCUUCCUGAUACUCAAGCCAAGUUCCACAUCAUGUUUUUAUUCUUUGCUGCAGCUAUGUUUUCUGUCAGUCUGUCUUCUCUCUUUGGAUAUCACUGUUGGCUUGUCAGCAAGAAUAAGUCUACAUUAGAGGUAUUCAGAGCUCCCAUAUUUCGUCAUAGAACAGACAAGAACGGCUUUAGCCUGGGUUUCAGCAAAAACUUAAGGCAGGUGUUUGGUGAUGAGAAGAAAUACUGGUUGCUGCCAGUGUUUUCAAGUCUAGGGGAUGGUUGCUCCUUCCCAACUUGCCUUGUUAAUCAGGAUCCUGAGCAAGCUUCCACACCUGGUGGUCUUAAUUCAACAUCCAAAAAUGAGAACCACCUGUUUCCUGCAAAGCCGUUGCGUGAUUCCCAGAGCCACCUUCUUACGGAUACAUCAUCUUGGUCAGAAACUAGUGCGAAGGCUGAAAAUGGCAAAGUUGGUAUGAGCAAUCCUGCACUAACCAUGGAAAAUGAAACCUAGUUUCCCUUAAAAUAAACACCUGAUUAUGUAAGGAAAGUUCAAGAAAAAGCUGUUGUUGGAAGGAAGAUGCGUUCUUCCAAGUAUCAGCCCUGCUGGCCGGCUGCUCCUGUGUGGAUGUGCUCAGAAAACAGACUGACAGAUGAUUAGCUGUCUCCAUGUCACUGCUUGAACCAUGAAACUAAACAUAGUAUUUCUGAACCAUAUAAAGAAUGUUUCAGCUUAAAAUUACUGGGUUUGAAUGGCAAAGGAUGAUUCUGAGUAUUAGGAAAUGAAGGGAAAAAAAAAAAGGCAUCUGAGUUUACUAUUGUAAAAAUUCAAUGGCUUGUUUUACUUGGAUAUUCAGCACAAGAAAAAUGUGACCUCCUUACAUAUCACUCCGUGUUCUUGCCUUGGUUUUGGAAAUUCACCCGUUAAUUCACAUUGCUGUAAGUAGUUAACUUUAAAAUCAAAUCGUUGUGCUACUGGCUUUAUGAAUUGGGAGAACAGCCAGUGCUGAUUACAAAUAAUUUAGUGGUUUGGUGGACUGUAUUUUGUUUUGAGCCCUUGAUAAGCAAUUUUUGAAGUUGAGGAGACCCAAGUGAAGUGUCUAUUUUUGGAUCAUUUUUGGAAAACAUUAUUGCAAGAGCUCCAUUUUCCCUCAGAUCUGUACUAUCAGUAUUUUGAAAAGUUGCAGAGGGAGGAAAACACUCCUUUGUUAACUGAAUGCUACAGUGGGUCACUGGUAAAUGGAGCGAUAAAAAGCCUGCGUUCAGAUGGCCCAUACUUAAAUGAAGCUGGCCAGCUGGGGGUUUUGGUGGGAGCUGGACAGGACAGUGCUAUGAAAUGGGGAUUUUAUUGUCCUGUUUGGAGCCAUUAUCCCCUUUGGGAAAUUAAUGUUGGCACUUUGAUCCAAAAUGCUUUUUACCAACCUGUGUUCCUGAGGGCCACUGUCUUUCAAGAUCCUAGUUUCUUAUUAAUCAAUAGUUGUCUCGGAUUUCUUUUUUUCACUUAUUCUGUAAGCCACUACCUUUCUUACUGCAUAAUUUAACAGAUAUCAUGUACAGUCAAGGAGACUUACUGCUAUGACUUGUGAUAUUUGCAUUUACAGAACUACGAACAUUUGAUUGCAAUACCAAAAAGCCAAGCUGCUGCAUGUAGGAAACCCCCUUCAGUUAAGUUAGGAACUAGCAGCUUUCUUAGGAUCAGAGUGUACCAGGCAGAUAAUAAAAGAUGCUUUAUCAUCUUUCAAAGUCAAGGAAGUUUCAGCAACAUAAAUCUACUUGUCUUGUGCCUUUUGUAUACACUACAUUGAUGGUAUCAGUGUUUACAUUUAAAUGCAAAUUGUUAUUCUGAGAACAAUUGUAGGAGGAACUUAGUGAUCUUUUCUAGGUGGCUAGAUAAAAAGACUAGUCAAAAAAAAAAAGUUAAAACCUCUCAGAUUAAGCUCAGUUCAGCUGAAGCAGAAAAGUACUUCUGUUGUCAAACCUCAGUCACUUAGCAGGUUUGUUCACAGCAUAAGGAUGCCAGUCGUCUAGAAAACUGGCAGCAGGACUGACAGAUUUCUGAACGCAAAAAAUCUUAUCAGUAACUUUUCUACAGGCAGGUAACUUCAAAAUUUGUCUUUCCUGGGUAUACAACUUCAGUGAGAGCUGGUGGAGCACAAAUGUGGCUUUUUUUUUUCUAAUGAGGAAAAAUGCAUUUGUUUUACUCCCUUUUUUUUUUUUUUUUCCCAAAAUGUUACCAGCCUGAAAACAUCUGUUUCUUGCCAGAAGUGCCAGAGUAUGGAUCCCUUGAUGUAGAACACUUUUUUUUAAAACUAGCAUGGAGGUAGCAUUCGGUUUACAUGAUGCCUGCAGACAUCUAGCAACCAAAAGUUUUUGCAGCUAUUUCUUCAGUGUUGUUCUGUCAGCUUACCUCAUAUUAGCAUUUGUGUAAAGGCUAACUUGUCAAGGGAUAAGGGGGAGAGGGAAAAUAUAUUUUUUAACGCUUCCAAGUUCUCUAUCUGUAUAGUCUUGGGUUUUGUUUUUUUGGGGUUUUUUUACACAGUCACAGGGUAGUUUGUCAUGGAGCCGGCAUUUGAAAAUACUGAGUAAAAAGUUGAAAUUCA